AUGGUUUCUCUUAGUUUUGUAGGAUCAGAUCUGAAACUCAUCAUAGAGUUGCAGGAAAGAGCUAAUUCUUUUUAUAUUAUACCUGCUUACUAUCUCUCAAUGAUCAUUCCUUUUUCUACUUGGUGGAUUUUGCUGAACUCACUCCUGAGUUGGAGAUUUCCAAAAGGGCUAAUCCUUGGUAGUUGCACAAUUCUUGAAACUGCGGGACAAGGCGCUCUUGUACCCGUAUACCAAACAUUGCAAUCUUCUGUGAUUAAGGAUGGAACUGUGACGAAUUCUGGGAGAGUUAUUUGGGUACAUUUUGGAGUUAAUAGUGGCGUGACAAUGUUUGCUAUAGAACAUCAAGCAGUCAAUGAAGCUACAUUCCGUUGUCCUGGUGAGAUGGGAUGCAAGGUUGUUCUGAUAAUGCAAGGUUGUUCUGAUUAA